AUGUUUGGAGCUGAUGAGAACACAAACUCAGAAAGAACACAGGAAUCUGAAAUGACAAUGUUUGAUGAUGAGUAUCUUCAGUUCAUCAGCAAAUGCACUUCACCACCACCACACAAUCACACCAACUUCGAUGAUUGUGAAGCUUUGAUGAGCAUUAAGGACACUGAGAAGUUCUCAGGGAAAGUUGGAAGACUAUCUUCAAACGUCGAUGGUUGGGUCGAUUAUCUUCAAGUCAUCACAAUCAUCAUAGCCAUUGCCGUUCUCUUAAUAACCACCCAUUUGAUUUCCCAAAGGUAA